GCGCGCCUGUAUGAUCUGCAUGGAGAGAAGCGGCGGCGGCGCGGUGACGGUCACGUGACGGAAUCUGCUGCUGGCUGAGUGAAGCGUGUUAGCAGAUUUUUCUGUUUUGUACAUACAUUGUUUUGUAUAUACUGUAUAUGAUGACCUCGGUGGGCGUCGAACGAGCCCGGGGCACUCGAGACAAAGCACUGCCCACUACCACACAGACCACACAACCACAGAAACAUCUUCAGGCUACAGCCGAACAGAUCCGACUGGCCCAGAUGAUCUAUGACAAGAACGAUGCAGAUUUUGAGGAUAAAGUGAAACAGCUCAUGGAGGUUACAGGGAAGAACCAAGACGAUUGCAUGGUUGCUCUUCAUGACUGCAACGAGGAUGUCAACAGAGCCAUCAACUUCCUGCUUGAGGGAACUUCUGAUGCGACCAGUUGGGAAACAGUUGGAAAAAAGAAAAGUCUUGGAAAGGAUGCCACCUCCACGGAGAGUAAGGAAAACAAGGAGAACAGGGAGAAGAAAGAGAGGGAAAGCAGCAAGGGUCGUGGAGGAGCGAGCCGUCGUGGCAGAGGGACCAGUCGCAACCGGCCAGCGAGGACUGAGGAGAAUGGCGUGGACCCUGCUGCUGUUGAGAGAGGUGCUGACCGUGGCCGCAGGGGAAGAGGGAGAGUGUCUGGAGGUAGAGGCAGAGGUCGGGCUCCAGUUACCAGCAGGUUUACAGCACAGGGGAUGGGGACCUUUAACCCUGCAGACUACACCACAGACAGAAGGACGUCAAAUUCACAUGCUGAUGUCUGGGAGACGGGGGCCAACGACACUACAGAUGGGACAGUGGCAUGGCAGAACACUUUGGACGAGUGGGCAGCUGAAGACUGGAGUGAAGAUAUGAGUCUCUCUGAGACCAAAGUGUUCACUUCCUCUUGUGCACCCCCAACUGAGAACCCCAUCACACCUGGCCAAAGUCUGGACCUAUCAACUCUGCUGCAGAAGCCUGUGGAUCAGCCUGUGGAUCUUAAGGCCGUGGGCUCCUCUCAGGGGCUUGGCCACAGUCUGGUCUUUACAAACUCCCACCACCAGCCUGCUCGCAACGGAGGAUCUUCUGCUGGUUCCAACAGCUACACACACGCCACACUGUCCUCUGUUUUGGGUUCUGGUUUUGGAGAGCUGGGUGGUCCAAAACUCGGGCAGACGGCCGGGCAGCAAAUACUGGAACAGCUGAAGGGGCCUGGUCUUGGGCAGCUUACCUCCCAGCCCUCCAGCACAGGGACCAACUGCACCCCUGUAGGGGGGCUGGUGGGGACGGGGAUGUCUGUCCCCUCCUCCUCCUGGGACAUCAAACCUCCUGGAACACAGAGUUCCACUUCACUCCCCUCCCAAUUCAGUCGGGAGUUUCAGAUGCAGCCAGAGCCAUCAUUGGUGCUAAGCCAAAUCGCCCAGCGACAGCAGGGCUCCCUGACUCACAUGGGGCCUCUAGCCAGGCAACUCAGCCCUCCCCCCCUGAGCGCCCCUUCACACGCCCCGGGCAUACUGGAAGCCUUUCCGAAAGCACCGGAACCUUCUCAGCACCGUGAUGGGCCCUCGAUGGCCCCCUCACAGACAGCCGAAUCUCAGGGCAGCAGCACGCAUCAGCGGCAGAUAAAGACUCAAAAGCGACGGAUACCUCCCACUUCCAAGAUUCCCGCGUCUGCUGUAGAGAUGCCUGGCUCAGCAGAUGUGUCUGGUCUAAAUGUGCAGUUUGGAGCCCUGGACUUCGGUUCAGAAUCUGACCUGCCGGACUUUGGCCAGUCGGAGAACUGCAACAGUGAACCCAUAAGGGAGGCUGUGGUGGUUCCUCAGUCACAGAGCAGCCUUUACUCUAAACCAAUCAGUGAAUCUCUGAUUAGUCCGGUCCCUUUGCUGCUGCCUCUGGCCUCUUCUGACAGCAUCUACCCCUCUCCUUCAGUACCUCUCCCCAGCCUCGCCCCCUCCCACACCACCCCCAGCUCGGCCGUGGCCCCCUCGUCCUCUUCAUCCUCCUCUUCCUCCUCUGCUGCAUCAUCAGCGGGUAACAGCUUUGACUGCGGUGUGGCUCCUCACUCAAGACUGACCUUCUCUCAGAGCAAGGAGCCUUCUGGACCUGUGACAAACGGUUUCAAUGGUGCGAGGACCUCUGCUGCUUUAGACACCACAUCGAGCUCCUCCACUCCAAAACAAGAGUCUCCCUCUCUGGGCAGCAGCGCAAGUGUUGCCCUGUCUGCCCCAUCCUCACUGUUGCCCCCUUCUGUUACACCACACAGCUCUGCUUUGCCCAUCCUGGCAUCUGAGCUGUCCUCGGCCAGCUUACCUCCCCUCAGCAGUGGCCAUUCCUCUGUAUCGGCACUUUGCACCACAUCUUCACUUACAUAUACCAGUGUGGACAGCGUGAACUCUCUCGCCCCCUCAUCGAUGCCGUUUUCCUCGCUGCCUGUGUCCGCUCUGCCCAGCAGCAGUGUUAGCAGCUCAGUGAGUGGCAGCAACAGUCUGCACGGGUCUGGAGUUUUGGGUCACAGCAUCAACGGUAGCACACCUUCCGGUGUCAGGACUGUCCCGCUACUGUCUUCCUCCAGCGGUAAAACUCCCCCUAAUCUCUCUCAGGGGGUUCCUCCACUGCUGCCUAACCAGUACAUCAUGGGACCUGGAGGUCUGCUGCCUGCCUAUCCGCAGAUUUAUGGCUAUGAAGACCUCCACAUGCUCCAAUCCAGACUACCAAUGGAUUACUAUGGAAUCACAUUCCCAGGGCCGACUGCUACGCUGUCUGGCAGAGAUGGGAGCCUCGCCAGCAACCCUUACUCGGGUGAUGUCACAAAGUUCGGCAGAGGUGAAUCCACCUCACCAGCGCCCUCUACCAGCCUGUCUGCUGCUCAUGCCCAACAGACGGUGCAGGCUCAGAGCCAAGGACAGAACCAGCACCAGCCGCAGGGCCAUCACAACACACAACAACCCUUCCUAAACCCAGCCCUGCCCCCUGGAUACAGCUACACAGGCCUUCCCUACUACCCCGGUGUGCCUGGCAUGCACAGCGCGUUCCAGUACGGCCCCACCAUGUUCGUGCCCCCUGCUUCGGCCAAGCAGCACGGCAUGGGACUGAGCAACCCAACAACGCCAUUCCAGCAGCCCAGCGGCUACGGCCAACAUGCCUUUAGCUCAGGGUACGAUGACCUGACGCAAGGCCCAGCAGGGACUGAGUACAGCAAAGGUUACAGUAACUCUUCUCAAACACAGGCCAAAUCUGCUGCCUCCGGCCCAGGGAAAGGUGUCUCUGUGACAUCUAGCAAUUCUGGGGUGCCAGACAUCAGUGGAACUGUUUACAAUAAAACGCAGCCGUUCGAUAAGCAGGGUUUCCAUGCUGGCACACCUCCUCCUUUCAACCUCCCCUCGGCUCUGGGCGGCACGGGACCUUUAACCCCUGGUGCUGGCCCUGGUUAUGCUCCUGCUCCAUUCCUUCACAUUCUGCCGGCCCACCAGCAGCCCCAUUCACAGCUGCUCCAUCAUCACCUCACCCAGGACGGACAGGGUGGGCUAAGCCAGAGAAGCCAGUCCAGCACCAUGCAGCAGAAGACCCAGGUCAACAAGUCCAACUAUGGCAGCUCCCCUUACUGGGGCAACUGAGCGCAGUCCACAGCGCAGGUGCCGUCCCGUACCCAAUGACACGCCGAUCAGAUCAGAGGGACGCCCGUACACACUACCAUCAUCCUCAUCCUCCUCCCACGUUCUCAUCUCCCUUAUUCAAAGUUUUGGCUGUUGUAUGUAAAGUAUAUUUAUGUAUGUAUUUAUACAGUAUAUAUGUAUUGGUAGGAUAUGAAAUGUGGUUUUUCUGCAUUUUGAUUUUGAAGGAUUUUUUGUUGUUGUUUUUAUUUCAUUGCUAACUGGCUAAGAGGAUAUGAUAGAGAAGUGAUGAGAACAUAACAGAAGGGUGAAUAUACUUGAAGCAAAGCAGGCAUCAUGAUUCAAACAUGGGAGUUUUUAUUUGUAUACAUAACCCUGAUAAUGUAUGUACAUUACAGCUAAGCUUGAUCAUUUGAUGGUGAAGCCUUUUUUAACUUUUGUAUUUUGCCCCUCUCCCACCCCCUUCACCUGUGAACUUUUUUUUCUAUGGAGGGGGAUUUUAAGUUCAGUGUUUAAUUAUGUUCCCUCUGCCCUUCAUAAUUAUGCCCCCCCACCACCAAAUUGGCUAAACAGUAGCAUUUUAGAUCAGAUUUCAUUUUAACAUUUGGUUUUACCCUUGUUGUCAAAAUAAAACUGUCCAGUUUACUGGUUUCAGUCUGAUU